GUCUUGUUAAGGGAAUUAGUUUCCUUGUCUGUGUAUGUCAGUCGAGCGAAUGUGCGGAAUGGCGAGCUAAAACGAUAAACAAAAGCUAUCGGUCAGAUUUAGUGCUCUGCUUCACGGUUUCGGUGCUUCAGUGACUGAUGCCUCUCGGGGUAGAAUCGGUCUAGCCUCUGUGAUUCCCACUGAUAGAGAGAGAGAGAUAGUGUGUGUGUGUGUGUGUGUCUGAGAGCGAGAUGAUGACCGCGGAGCUGCUGCUGUCGGAGCUGGACAGCCGCUUCUGCGCCGAUAACCUGCUGACCAGCGCGGACUGGGAUGCCUGUCUGUACCAGUGUGAGGAUAUGGAGGAGGACUUCACCGGAGAACUGAAAUAUGACACAUCGCUGGACAGUGACCUGGUCCUCACGCUGGACCCUGAUGACCCUACUUCACCCUGGAAGAACCUGGAGCACAACUCCACAGGUGAAGCGUCAGUCCUGAAGCAUGACAUGACGAUAACACAACCUCUGCCAGUGGACAUGUUUUUCCAGGUGAAGACCGAACCUCCAUCGCCUGUGUCGUCUCUGGGCUCUGACAGCUCCGUCCCCUCUGUCCCCGAUCCUCAGGUGACCGUGAAGAGUGAGAACCCCCCCACUCCACCGCACAUGUGUGGAGACGUGCUGCUGCCAGCGCUGGCCAGUGUGAGCGCCCCACAUCAGCCCCGGACCACACACACACACACCCUCAGCAGCCUGGACACACACUGCACAGGGCUCUCCUCCGCUGCGACGCUGAAGGCCAGCAGUAUUGUGUGCAGUAAGCCUCUGAUCCAGCCCAAACCGGUGUGUGUGGCUCAGAGCAGCAGUCCAGCCCCAGCUCUCCUCCUGCAGAGCGUCCCGCUCCCUGUCCCCGUCCCAGAUGUGUGUCUGGCCUCUGCUCCCGCUGUUGUUAAGAUGGAGCCUCUGUCUCCCAGCAUGCCUCACUGCCCCAGUAAACCCAUCAUCUCAGCGUCCAGUCUGCCCGGACACGGCUGCGCGGACAUCAACAUGAAGGUUUUGAAGAGGCAGCAGCGUAUGAUCAAGAACCGGGAGUCGGCCUGUCAGAGCCGCAAGAAGAAGAAGGAGUACCUGCAGAACCUGGAGGCGCAGCUUCGGGAGGCGCAGCAGGAGAACGAGCGUCUGCGCAGAGAGAACCAAGCGCUGCGGCUGCGGCUCGCCGGGAGAGAGACCCCUGAGUCCGGCAGCAACAAGGGAGCGCUGUGUGUGAUGGCUCUGCUCCUCUUCAUCACCUUCGGCCCCGUCAGUUUGAGAGACAGGACGCUGGACGCUGGACUGCAGGAAGCUGCUCCGCUGACAGGAAGACGUCUGUUAGAGUUUGAGACGUCUCAGGAGCCGAGUCGGAGACGAGCGAGCGAGAGACGGACAGACCGAGAGGAAGAAGAGCGCUGGGGCAAAGGAGAGCUGGACAAGAAAGCUGCUGCCUCGUAUCAGUUCAGGAAUCAGAGCGGUGUGUUCAGUGACGUCAAAGACCUGCUCCUGGAGGACAUAGACCGAUACUUCUCUGACUGCAGACAGUUCAACCGCUCCGAGUCCGUCAGGUUGGCAGAUGAGCUGCGUGGCUGGGUCCAUCGCCAUCAGAUCAACAGGAAGUCUGAUGGAAAGGCCAAGGGGGUGAAGAAGACUAAAAUAGCUCAGCAGAAAGCUCCGCACAGAAAGACCAACUUCUCCAGGUACCUUCCAGUUCAGGCUCAUCGCUCCAUCGAAAGUCAGCUGCAGGUGCUGCCCGGGCCCGAGAUCAGCCACGACGACUUCCUGGACGCUAUCGACCGGCGCGAGGACACUUUCUAUGUGGUGUCAUUCAGACGGGAUCACCUGCUGUUACCCGCCAUCAGCCACAAUAAAACCACUCGGCCCAAGAUGUCUCUGGUCAUGCCUGCCAUGGCCAUCAACGAUUCGGUGUAUAACUCGUCUCAGGGCGGCUAUGAGAUGAUGAUGCAGGUGGACUGUGAGGUGAUGGAUACCCGGAUCAUCCCAAUCAAGUCGUCUGUAGUCCCGCCCUCCCUCAGAGCCCCGCCCCCUGCCCCGCCCCCUCACCACCACAGCAACCACAGCUCCCUGCGCAGCCGGCCCCAGCCCCUGCAGAGACGGAGGAGCGCGGGUUACUUCAUCAGCCAGAGCGGAUCCCACUGAGACCUCUUUCCACUUCCUUCUCCUCCUGUUAGCGCGGCUGUGUUUGUUCCGCUGUCAUCUGUCACUUUUUAUACAUACAUUGUUUUUUUUCUUUCUUUUAUUAUUAUUAUUCUUUUUUUUUACAGAUUUUUAUUGAGAUUAUUUAAAAACAAUGUGCUUCUAUUGGAUGUGUGAUUUAUAAAUGUACAUUUGAAAAUAAUUUAAUGAUUUUGUAUGUAUUCUUGUCCAUCACAGUCAUGCAUUUCUGCAUAUGUAUAUACUGUGCUCUGUCAGGUCCAGUAUGAAGCUGCUGGUUUCUCUUUUUGUCACUGAACCUGAUGGCAGAGAUCAUUUUUGACCUAAAUAAUAAGAUUUUAGGCUGUCACAGGAUCUCCUUGCGUCUUGAAUGUGUGGCUGCUUGUGUCCCGAACCGCUAACGUCUCCACUCAUGCCUCAUUUAACUCAAGGGACUGUUGUAAAUACUUAGUUUUGAUUAGUGAAGGAGUUGUGAUGUACCAGCGGCUGAUAUCGGUUCAGUUGUCUUGUGUUCAGAAGCAGAGCGGAGUCCUUUGCCAGAACUGCUUUUCUCUCAUUGAAGAUGUGUUUCUUAUAGCCUCUGAUCUUCAUGGCUUCUGUUCAAAUCUAGCUCCGUCCGUCUGUGAUGAUGAUGAUGAUGAUGAUCUGUGUGUCUGAAACUGGCCCAUGAUGACCUGCUCUUGCAUGCUUCAGUUUUCUGUGAUGGAGAGAUGUUGUAUGAAAUGUAAACCUGUUUUUUUUUUUACUUUAUUUAAAUGAGCUUUCAUUAGGGAAACACUUGAGGGAAGUGUUUCCCAUUUUCUCUCCCGGUCUGUAUGAGAAUUUUGAACUACUGUCUUUAUUUGUAGAAGAGAAAAUAAAUUUGAUAAAUAGUU